AUGAAGUAUGAACAUAAUUUAGUAAAACAAUCAAAAUCAAAUACUAAAUGUAUAUACUCUUAUAUAAACAGUAAAACCAAAAUAAAAAACACUAUUAGAGCCAUAAGAGAUAUAAAUCGCAAUGUUACAACAAAUGACAUUGCUAAAGCACAUCCAAGAGUGUUGAAGGAAUUCUCACAAAGUUUAUGUAAACCAUUAGAGUUAAUGUUUAAUCAAUCAUUCGAAAGUUCAACUCUACCAAACUUAUGGUUACAUGCAAAUAUAACACCAUUGCAUAAGAAAAAUGACAUACUUGAAUCAGCUAACUACAGACCAAUUUCAUUAACAUUCAUUAUAUGCAAAGUUAUGGAAAGUGUUGUCAGAGAUGAAAUAAUGAAACAUCUUAACAAUAGUGAUUUAAUCUUAGUGCACCAACAUGGUACUGUGAAUAAAAAAAAUUGUUGUACAAAUUUACUAGAAACAUUAGAUAUUGUCAGUGAAGCGUUUGACAAUAAUAUUCUAGUUGAAAUUAUAUUUCUAGAUUUUGCUAAAGCUUUUGAUACUGCGCUACAUGAAAGAUUGUGCAUAAAACUAGCUGGUUAUGGUAUUAUUGUUGAUCUGUUGAACUGGUGCAGAGCUUUUCUAAAAAAUUGGUUACAACGAGUUGUACUUGGAGAAAAUAUUUCAAAAUGGACAAAUAAUAUAAGUGGUGUUCCUUAG